AUGCAAUCGGAUUCCAGCUCUGAUGAAGACGCUUCGCACAACCAUUCGCGCCAGCGGCUUUAUACUUUGGGCGGUGUACAGACGGUGUCCGGCAAGGCCUAUCAGCAUGUGGACUCUUACAACUCCGUCAAACUGGCCUCCAGUGCGUUGUGCUGCGUGCUCAAGGGCACGGUACUGACGAACCGGGUGUUGUGGGGCGAGCAGUUCUUGCUCUUUCUGCUGUAUAUGAGCAGCUGGCGCACUGCGGCGACCUUCAUGAAAGAUGCCACCUCUCAUGGAGAUGACAGCGCGGAAGUCCGCAUCACGCGGCAUUACACCGAGAUAAUGACCUCCCUGGCCGGCUUUCUCCUGGCCUUCUACACUUCCAUUGCGGUGAGCCGAUGGUGGCGCCUCCGCACCGAAGGCGUGGGUCGCAUCUGGGGCGCCAGCAGUCAGCUCAUGAUGCUGCUCGGGGCCCUGGUUGGGGACCACGAGCCGUUGGCGGCCAUCCGGAGGUAUGCGCGCGCCUCGUUGGCUAUCCAUUUCUUGAGGCGGCGCUACCCCUCCGAGUACAUGGACAAGUUGGAUGAGUUGGAAGAGCGAGAGAUCCUCUUGGAGGAUGAGAUGGAGAAGCUCCGUGAGGUCGGCGUCAAUUUGGCGGAGAGCGUCUGGACUUGGGUGGCUCAGAUUGUGGUGAGAAAGGCCAGGACCGAACAGAUGUCGGAGGUUAUGCUUGUUCACCUCCUGCAAGUGGUGGAAAAAGGACGCGCUGGGGCAGCCUGUAUCGGAGCGCAAAUGGGAACGCCCAUCCCACUGCAGUAUGUGCAUUUAAUGGGCCUUCUUGUGAAGACUCACAAUGUCAUCCUGGCCUGUGCCUGCGGCUUCCAGCUGGCAUGCAUGAGCCCUCGAUAUGCCGUGGGCAUCUCGCUAAGGACCUUCCUGGUACCAUUUCUCUACAAUGGAAUCCUGCUGAUUAAUGCAGAGUUGGCAGACCCGUUUGGGGGUGGGGUGAACGCAUUCUCGCUGGAGAAGUACGAGAAGGGCAUUGAGAGUGACGGCCGGGGCUAUGUUCGAGCGAGCGUCCACGUCCCCGACUGCUUGCAGGCUUUGCCAUAG